AUGUGGUACCAGCAUGUCCUUGAUGUGUUUUUUUUUGAGCCACUGUAUCAGUCUGCACUUGGGAUUGCUGAGGCGCUGAAGUCUCAGAAGGUUCAUGUUGGGAAGGAGGUUACUGUUGUGGGCGCUCACAUAUUUGGCGAAGAGGGAGUUUAUCCUGUCCUUGCAGCGCCCACUUGCAAGAGUGAGAGCACUGCUGACAUGGAGUUCAUUUUCAAGACUAUCCUCGAAUCCUGGGAUAAUUCUGGAGCAGCUCAGCAGGCUGGUCACAAGACAUUUGUACACAUGCCACUCUCACCCUUCUCACCACUUUAUGGUACAUUGUCCAAUAUUCCUGGCCUUAAUCUCUUCACUGGUCCAGGUGAAGUGACACUGGACUUUGACUACAAACAUAUCAUGAAAUGCUAUUGUACCCUGCUCCGAUCUCGUGCUGGUAUGCAUCUCAACAAUGGUUGCUGCAUCAAUGCAACCAUGAUCGAAUGCUACCUUGUCUGGCUUCCUGAUGUAGAUGAAAGUCAUUCUCAGAAGCUUGUUUACCCCGAUGAUCCCCAGGACGUGCCUCGUGCAGUUGAACUCAUGGGUGCUGUCAUUAAACUCGCAUCACUGCCGAACCUCCCCAACAAUGUUAAUGUGAUUGCUGACUUCGAUGCAAUCAAACUUCUAGCCAAAAUUCUCCGCAGUCUCCUCAAUCCAUUCAUUGAUGUCAACUUCUCAUUGACAGAGCAAGUUCUAUACUAUGACUCCAAGACAUUUGCCAAGAACAUGGUCUUCUGCAUCCUGAAGCAGCAGAAGCUUGAUCCAUCUGAAUGCUUUUUCUUUCUUGAUGCUGGGGACGAUGCCCUCAAACUCGAGUUUGCAUUUCUCCGAAUAGGAGUCUAUGCAUGCAAUUCUGACCUCUCUCAUGGCCAUCGUCGGUUGAAUCUCAAACGAGCAGAUGGUGUCGACCACGUCAGCCAUUUUAUGUGGGUUGGUGACGUUGUUGCGGGUCAUUGUGACCUUCCAAGUGUAUGGCACCAAGGGAGGGACAAGGUCAUUGCCAUUCUCUCUUACUCACAGAUACCUUCCUCUGCAUACGACUUUGAGACACUAUUUUCCCCAGGCUCAGGCAUAGACCUAUUGUGCAUCUUUGGUGGGAGCAGGUACCCUGCUAUUCACGAGGAUGAUGAUGAAGACAGCUCACUCCUCGCACCUCCACCCAAUGCUGUCGCACUCCAGCAAGAUGUUGACAAUGAUGAUGACGAGCCACCACUCACCUUCGAGGAAUCACUUGCCUGA